UUGCAUCAACCGUGUCCUGAAUAUGAUUACUCUAACAUUUUUUAGGUCGAAUUUUUUUCUGUCGAUGUUCAAGGAAUUUUUGUUCAAUUGCGUCUUCAGGAAACUGGAGACAACUGUUUGCUACACAGCCAUUUGUCUUGUGUGGAGUGAGAGUUUUGGCGGAGUAGGCAAAAGGUUAUCGACGUUGAAGGUUCUUGAAAAGGAUUUCGAUGCGAAUCACUCUGAUAAUCUCUCCAGAGCGUUUAUUUUCCGCUUUUGAAUUGUGAAUUGGGUUAAGUUGUGCAUUGAGAGGUAGCUCUCUUUUGUGCAACAUUCCAUGUAAGACUUGCGGAUGGUGCUGUAAUUAUUAAUAGUGGACACACUUGGGCUCUGGUGAUGAAUUUAUGCUAUAAACUGUGAAGAGGACAAAUAGCGCUCAGUGUUUCCAAAAAGUGAGCUCAGAAGCAGGGGAACAUUACUCUUUUCAACUUUGGCAAAUAGGUCGGAAGAAAUGGACGCAGUUGAAGUACGGAACGCUGAGACCUUCUUCGCAUCGGCGCCCCCUCUGAGGGAUCGAGAUGCUAUUGUUGCUAAAGUGGAAGAAUUCGUCCAGCGCAGAUUGCCAACCGCAAGUGGCAAUCGAGCUUCGAGGAUGGUUUGUAUAACAUCAGGCGGGACCACAGUUCCUCUUGAGAGGAAGUGUGUUCGUUUCAUCGACAAUUUCAGCUCUGGACAUCGUGGGGCUGCCUCGACAGAAUGUUUUAUGAAGGCUGGCUAUUCCGUGAUAUUCAUUAAUCGAAGAGGAACAGCACAGCCUUUUUGCCGGUUUUUGCCUGAGGAUCCGCUUCUGACAUGUUUUGAACCGGCUGGCGACAACCUCAUACAACUCAUUCCAAGUCAUGCAGUCGCAGUGCAAAAAGCUGUAACAGAGUAUCACUCGGCUUUAAACAGCGGACAUCUUCUGAAUUUGCCAUACACAACACUCUUUGAAUAUCUGGAGAUACUUAAAAUUGUCUCUCUUAGCCUGAGGCAGCUGCAGCGGAAUUGUAUGUUCUAUCUUGCUGCUGCAGUAUCUGAUUUUUACGUGCCUUGGCAAUCAAUGGUGGAGCAUAAAAUUCAGUCUGGUGUAGGGCCCAUGGCGAUGGAGCUGGCACAAGUUCCAAAGAUGUUAAUGCUGCUUCGUCACCUUUGGGCUCCCGAAGCAUUCUGUGUCUCUUUCAAGUUGGAAACCGACGUAAAGAUAUUGAUCAAGAAGGCCCAGGCAGCACGGGAGAAGUAUGGGAUGCAUGCAGUUGUGGCAAAUGAAUUGGAGACGAGGAAACAGAAGGUUAUUGUAGUGACAAAUGAGGGGCAGGUAUUGGUUGAGAAGGAUGCCUCUCAAGCAGAUGUAGAGAUACCUCUGGUUGAUUUUUUGAUCGCACAACAAACCUCCUACAUCGAAGCAGGUGGAGCGAAUGUAUUAGUAGUUUGAAGAAUGUCGGAACCUCUUUUCUUUUGAGGUUUUGAUGAUGCAACAUAAUUAUCAUUUGCUCAAGAUGCAGUAAUACAUGUUCGAUCCAGACUGAGCUCCAACCUCAUGUUACAAAAUAUUUCAUUUCUACGAUGUGUAUAUGAAAUUCAUCUCUUUGACCGUUCUCUUGUGAAA